CUGAAAGGAGAACGUUUGCUUACAUUUCUAUUACUCUAUUUCAAGUAGCUCCACUUCAGUUACCUCUAGCACACCUAGGGACCUAUUGGUGAGAUCACACCUAGGAUACCAAGCUGCCAGGCAAUCAAGUCUUUUAAGAGGGAUCAACAGCCAUUGUAUCACCUACUGCUUGGACCCAGAUAUGAGUAAAGCGCGGCCUCGAUAUAUUGUUGAUCGAUCCAUAUAUUCUCUUGAGCUCUUUAAUGAGGACUAUGAAAAAAGGAGUCGCAGUUACCCUGUCGGGGGUAAAGCUCGAAAAAUAUUUAGCUGUUCUCCAACCAAGCUGAAAUCUUUUUUCUUUGGACUAUUUCCCAUACUCACUUGGUUGCCCAAAUAUAAUAUAAAGGAGUAUGCCCUUCCAGAUCUCCUUGGUGGACUCAGUUCUGGCACCAUUCAAGUGCCUCAAGGUAUGGCUUUUGCUCUUCUGGCUAAUCUACCUCCAGUAAAUGGUCUAUACUCCUCCUUUUUUCCUCUUGUUGUGUAUUUCUUCCUUGGAGGAAUUCCUCAAAUGGUACCAGGCACAUUUGCUGUCAUCAGCAUCAUUGUGGGAAACAUUUGUCUACAACUGGCCCCAGAAUCCGAUUUCCAGUAUUUGAAUGAGACUUCAAAUGAAACUAUCACAGACACAGUGGCAAUGAACAAUGCACGGAUGCAAGUUUCAGCUACCCUGGCCUGCCUGACCGCAAUUAUUCAGAUUGCCCUUGGAUUUGUGCAGUUUGGCUUUGUUGCCAUUUAUCUUUCUGAGUCCUUCAUUCGUGGUUUUAUGACAGCUGCAGGUUUGCAAAUCCUCAUCUCUGUUCUCAAAUACAUCUUUGGAGUCACAGUUCCACCCUACAGCGGCCCCCUGGCCAUUGUCUAUACAUUUAUUGACAUCUGUAAGAAACUCCCACAAACCAAUGUGGCAUCUUUGAUCUUUGCUUUGGUCAGUUCCGUGCUUCUCAUCAUUGUCAAGGAGCUAAACCUCAAAUAUAUGCACAAGAUACGCUUCCCAAUUCCCAUGGAAAUCAUUAUUGUCAUAAUUGCGACAGCUAUAUCUGGUAGCUUAAACCUCCCUGAAAAGUAUAAUAUGAAUAUAGUGGGCCAAAUCCCUCUAGGAUUUCCUGCUCCUACCCUUCCCACCGUAAGUCAGUGGGGCGAUAUGAUAGGCACAGCUUUUUCUCUGGCUAUAGUUGGGUAUGUGAUUAAUCUAGCGAUGGGCAGGACUCUUGGAGCUAAGCAUGGCUAUGAUGUUGACCCAAACCAGGAAAUGUUGGCUCUUGGAUGUAGUAAUUUCUUUGGUUCGUUCUUUUACAUCCAUGUGAUUUGCUGUGCUCUGUCUGUCACUCUCGCUGUAGAUGGAGCUGGAGGAAAAUCCCAGAUGGCCAGCUUCUUUGUGAUGAUGGUGGUAAUGGUGACUAUGUUGGCACUUGGAACGUACCUGAAUCCUUUACCAAAGUCUGUCUUGGGCGCACUGAUAGCCGUGAAUUUAAAGAACUCGUUAAAGCAACUGGCUGAUCCCUUCUACCUUUGGAAGAAAAGCAAGCUUGAUUGUUGUGUCUGGCUUGUCAGCUUUUUCUCCACCUUUAUCUUGGGUCUGCCAUAUGGAGUGGCUGUUGGAGUGGGGUUUUCUGUCUUGGUUGUGGUUUUCCACACUCAGUUUCGAAAUGGUUCAGCACUUGGUCAGGUUUAUUCUACUGACAUUUACAAAAACCCUAAAGUGUAUAGUAAGGUGCAACCUAUCGAUGGAAUUAAAAUAGUCAAUUACUGCUCUCCUCUAUAUUUUGCCAAUUCUGAGAUAUUCCGGCAAAAGGUUAUUAAAAAGACUGGGUUGGAUCCUUGCAAGGUCUACCUCACAAAAAAGAAGUACUUGAAGAAACAAGAGAAAGAAGAGCACAAGAGACAGCGAGGAUCUCUGUUUAUGAAGAGUAAAACUUUAUCACUGCAAGAGCUUCAGGAAGAUUUUGAUGGUACUCAACCCACAGACUCCAACAACAACAGCACAAUGAAUGGGACAAGCAAUGCGAUCAGUUACAUUGCAUCUAAUACACUAACAGUGGGUUCCUCAGCACUGCCAAAUAUCACAAAUGGUGUGUCUGCUCCAGCACAAAUUGAAGAUCCUAUUGUUACGGCUCCUCCAAUUGUUAAUUUCCAUACUGUCAUCAUUGACAUGAGUGGAGUAUGCUUUGUAGACCUCAUGGGGAUCAAAGCUCUUGGGAAGCUGUGCUCCAGUUAUCAGAGAAUCGGGGUGAAUUUCUUCUUAGCGGAUGUACAAGCUCAAGUAUAUGAUGACAUUGAGAUUGGGGGAGUCUUUGUGGAAGGUGGUCUGAACCGUGAUCACCUUUUCCUCACUGUGCAUGAUGCUGUUAUACAUGCAAUGGCCAACACCACAGGAGCCAGACACACGGCCUGUACAGGCAAGAAUGCUGGUGACGCAGAUAUUCAUAUACAGGAUACUCAGGAUGAGAUCAGUGAUGAUUAUGUAAACCUUGAGGAGGCAAUGUUUGGCAGCAUGUUUCAAGCAGAAAUCCAGACAGCUCUCUAAGGAUCACUUAAUGAGAAGUGUUCUGCACAGCGGCAGAUCCCCCCCUUCCCUCUUACGUUACCUGCAGAGCAGAUUCUUGCAGACUUCAUUAUAACAAUCACCUGGUGAUAAAUGCAACCCUGAGCUUCCAUCUUAUCCAUGCUAGACGCGAGGGGGACUCUUGUUCCAGCUGCGUUUCAGCAAACAGCAGAACAAACUAACUCAGGUGACAUGAAUAGGAUUCAUGCUCAAACAUUAUCAGCUGCUAACAAAGAAUUGAGGUUGGAUCUUAAUAAUAUUAACGAAACCCCAUACAUCCUUUUGUCUUCUCUGAUCUUCUGUUGGCUAAAGUUGACU